AUGCCACACACAAGUCGCAAGAAGAAGCCGGUUCAUAAGAAAAGAAAAGAGUUCGUGGACGAGGAGGGCUGGACCAGAAUCACAUCCACGACUUCAGUUAUCGGAGUGCCUCGCAAGUCAACCGCAGUGGAUUCUCAAACAGGAGGUUUCCACGGAAGACUUGAAGUCCCAAAUGUCCUCAAGCCUGCAGGCGUGACACCACGGCCCAUGAAACCCGUCAAAGGGACGACGGUGGACACGAUGCGUGCACAAUACAACAGAAUUGAAGCGAACUGGCUUGAGAGCGACCUGUGUCGGUCGCUGAAAGAGAUUCUGCGACGAUACCUAGGCGGAGGUAGACGUGAGAUCUCAAACUGUGUGGUUUUCGGCUCCGGGAGUUUCUGCGGAGACGAGAUACACUGGGUCGACAGGCACGAGUCGGCAUAUUACCAGAUCGCGGCUUUCAGGACUGUCGCGGACACGAUCGAACAAAUACAGGGUCAUUGGCCGCCUUGUUAUGCUCAAGAGCCGUUCUACAAUGAGCUGGAUGCGGCAUUCCUGGCCAACAUGCACAUUACCCGCGUGGACCAUCCUCAAGGAUUCAAUCUUCUCGACGAGGCCUCGUUCGUAUAUUCUCCAGCCGCAGAGCCCGAAGUCGAGCUUCGGAUCUUGAGCCAUGAUCCCGAAAUCUGGCUGCACAGGUCACUUGAACACCUGUUCUACUCGAAUGGAAUGACUGUUGAAGACGGCCAGGACGAUACCAGAAUCGACAGAGACAUGGCACAAGCAUUCUUAAAGACCCAAGAUUUUGCACAGCUACCCGAUUUCGAUCUUAAAAACUUUCCCUUCCACGGCUCUAUGCUCUGGUGGCGGAAGACUCUCGACCCAGAGGAGAAAGAGCCAUAA